UGCGUUUCAACAUGACGCAUGUAUAAGGGAAAUGGCCACGCAAGCGAGCGGAAUCAUAACAUUGCAUUUGAAGUCUAUUUACUCAUCCUCAUAUCGUUUAAUUUGAGCUAUUUAAUUUCGCUCUUUCCAAUGCGGCUAUUUCUAACUAUAGUUAACAAGCGGAAGUUACAGAAAAACUAAAAUAUUUGGCGCGCAUUGCUAUGAAAACAUGUUUCUGGUCGCUCUGAAAGCUAACCACCAGCAGCAACUAGCUAGCAAAUGGCUGUUCGGCUGUGAUGUCUUUCACUGUGGAAAAUGACAAGAAGACGAGCAAAACAGUAGUGAAGCGGCUAAUUAAGCAGUUAGCUAACAGCAUGUGACACACAAGCUCUCUGCACACCAAAAAGUUGGUAUUAAAAGAUGCCUCGUCUGGAAGAGUUGGCCAACGUUGCCCUCAGGGUGCCGAGCAUACUGGUGCUGGACCUGCUGUAUAAAUGUGACAUUGAAGGUUUAACGGAGCACCUCAAGGCCAAAAAUGAAGACAUGCUCUUCAAAUACAAAUAUGUCAUCUGGAACAUGUACUACCUUGGUCAUCUGAUAAACGUGGUGUUGUUGGUUCUGCCAUUGAGACACAUUGUGACGCUCUACCUCCACAUCCUCGCUGCCCUUCUCCUAUACAUGGGGCAUCAGAUUUCCAAGGAUUAUGUUCGUGAGGAGCUGCAGUACGGUUAUGAAGGAGCAGUAUACCUUGAUUCGCUGGCGUUCAAUAGAUUUGUCUCUGCAAUGACUAGUCAGAUUAUUCUCAGCACGCUGUGUGCCUUCUUGAUGAGCACCAGAAAGGUGUGGUUGUUCUCUGCUCACAUGCUUCCCCUGCUGGCCAGACUCUGCGCUGCUCCUCACGCUACGCUGUUAACUGUCAACACUUUCUCCAUGGGACUGACUGGAGCUGGAAUCACCGUAUUCCUCCUCUCACAUCUCUUUCUACCAUAUCGUCUUGCAAGGGCUGCCUAUUCAGAGCUGCUUCAGCUGGAGGUGAUCGAGCUGUACAGACUUCUGGCUGUGGGAAUCUCUCUGUGGAACCAGUUUGCCGUCCCAGUGCUCUUCAGUGUUUUCUGGUUUGUUCUGUUCAUCGUCCAGCUGUGCUCAGACACCAUGUCUGGCAGUGCCUCAGCAGGCCAUCAGGGAAUCAUGUUCUUCCUGCUCACAAGUGUCUCUGAAUGUUGUGCCACACCAUACUCUCUUCUGGGUCUGACCUUCGUGGUGUCCUAUCUCGCUCUUGGACUGCUAAACCUAUGCAAGUUCUACCUGGGAGGUUAUGUAGCUGUUCAGAAUGAGAACGUCAUGCACAGAGGUGUGACCGAGGGCGUCACGCUGCUCCUACUCGCUCUUCAGACGGGCCUGUUAGAUAUGCAGGCACUGCAGCGCACCUUCCUCCUCAGCAUCAUCCUCUUCAUCGUGGUGACUUCAACCCUGCAGUCAAUGAUCGAAAUAACAGAUCCAGUUAUUCUGGCCCUGGGUGCAUCACGCAACAGGAGUCUGUGGAAACACUUUCGUGGCCUCAGCAUGUGUCUGCUUUUGCUGAUUUUCCCUGUGUAUAUGGCUUAUAAAAUCUCCCAGUUCUUCCACAUGGACUUCUGGCUCCUUAUACUGGUGUCUAGCUGCAUGCUGACAUCCCUUCAGGUUACAGGCACUAUGCUGAUCUACUCCCUCUUUAUGGUGGAGCUGUUUCGCAGUGACCCGAUUGAGAGCCUGGACGAAGUGAUCUACUGGGUGAAUGCCGUCAGCAGGGUGCUGGAGUUUGUGGUGGCGCUCUGCGUAGUGGCGUACGGCACCUGGGAGUCGCUGUUUGGGGAGUGGAGCUGGAUGGGCGCCUCUGUCAUUAUCAUCCACUCUUACUUCAACGUUUGGCUCAGAGCUCAGUCCGGCUGGAGGAGCUUCCUGCUCAGACAGGAAGCAGCUAAGAAGAUCAACUCCCUCCCCAGAGCCACGGCUCAACAGCUGCAGCAGCACAACGACGUCUGCUCCAUCUGCUUCCAGGAAAUGAGCUCUGCUGUGAUCACAUACUGCGGACAUUUCUUCCAUGGCAACUGCCUCCGCAAGUGGCUGUAUGUGCAGGAGACCUGCCCCAUGUGCCACCAAACGGUGCGACCCACCCCGCCAGGUCAGAGCCAGGCUUCAGGCGACGCUCCGGCAGCUCCAACUCAGAGAGACACAGGCCCAGAUCCGGCUGCACAAGAGGGAGAUCAGAACCAGGACAACGGCACGUCCCAAGAGACACAGAGCGAUGCUGUAACUCCUGAUCCCACCAAGCAGCAGGAGGAGACGGAAAGCUUUGAGGAUGGGCAUUGUGGGACAGAAGAUAAAGGCCAACCAGCUGAACCUCACAGGGAAGCUGUCCAAGGUCUUCGUUUCAGUUCCAGUGGAGACUUUGUUGGAUUUGUCAGCCCAGUGUCAAGCUGCUCUUCGGGGGGCAUUUCUAGUUCUCAUGUGCUACUGGGUAAAACUUCUCCUCCUAACAAGCACAACCAAGUUGAGGAGAGUGACAAGAACUUCCCACUGCCAUUGACUCCUAAUGCUGUGAAUGAGAACACGGUGGAGGGCCAAUCUGACUCAAAAAGAGCAGAACUUGAAGUUACAUUCUGUCCUAGAGUGCCACAAAAUGGCGAUGGUAGAUAUGACAGCUGUGAUGGGACACCUAAAACAUGGAACAGCCUUGAUUCACCUGAAUCAUCAAACAAUCCUGAGAGAAAUCUUGAGGCAUCUGGUACAAGCCUUGUUGACAGCCAAACAUCUGUCACAUCAUGUAACUCAGAACUCUUAGACUGCAUUGACAAUCCACAAAGUCAUAAAGGUAACAGCACAUUUUAAAACUUGCACCUGGACAGGCUCAGAGAGGCUGAAACUGUCCCACAGUUCCCCCGGCUGUCCCCCUCAGAUGCCACCUGUGAUUGACUGCCCUGCAUCGGUGCCUUGAAGGGUGAAAAAGGGUGAUUCUCCAUAAUGAACCAAUAGAACCUUUUUUUAUGUUUUACCAGACAGUGUACUGAAUGUGCUUCCGUUGAGCAAAUGCAUCUGGAUUUAAUAUAGAGACUAAAUUGUGUUGGGUUAAAAUAAUACCCUUAUUGUACAACUGUAAAGAAAAAAAAUCUAAUUCAUAGAAAUUAUGUGUAAAGCAAUUAUCGUUUGUCAAUAUUUACCAAAUUCUAGCAGGUGAUGUUUACUUAGAGAAAUUAAAUGGCAUUUUAUUUAUUUUCAUUUAAUUUUUUCCACUGUCCUGGUAGUUGUCAUGUAUAGAUUUUUGUGAAAGCAAUGUGGCAAAAAGAAAAGCUUCAGCAGUCAGUCUUUGUUAUUCAUGAUUCAGCCUUUUGUACUGCAAAGAUUCACUCUCUUCAGUAUUAAAUUACUGCUGUGAACUGUACCUUUUUUUUUAUAUAUAUAUAUAUAUAUAUACUAGUUUCUAUAUUAAUAAAAUUGUGACAGGUGCACAGUGAGGCUGGCAUUAUGUGAGAAGUCUAAACAGAACAUUACUUCUGUAGCCUUAAGCUAAGAGAGUCCAGAUUAAAUGUUUGGCUGAUAUGUUGAUUUGGGGAUAAUAAAGUAUUUUACAUCACUGUAUAAUUUCACAAUCAUUUACAGUAAAGUAUCAUAAUCAUCUUAAAAUAUAUUUCUCUUGAAAAUAUUCUAGUUGUUGUAAGCCAUUUCCUCAAAACAAUUCUUUGCAGAACUUGGGUUGUAUCGUUGAUAGGCAAAACAUUUUUGGCAGUGUCCUCCCUAACACACUGCUAGUAAAAUACAGAAGAUUUUCUUUUUAAUAUCUUCCCUGAAUUUGUUUUUUAAAUGUCAAAUUUGAAUGUGUAAAUUGCAUCAAACGUGAAAUUAAGUUCGUUUUUUUUUCAGGUGACAGAAACUGAAAUAUUUACAAAUAAUGUGACCCGUAUCUUUGCCAGACUAUUAACUCCCAUUACGCUCUCUUUCUGUGCAUUGUGUACAGUCUUCCUAUGUUAGGAUGUUACAUUGCUCCAGGUUUGCUGUGUAGUAAUUUAAUUAAACCUAAACUAAUUUAGAAACAUGCAUCAUAUAUUGGAUGGUGUAUUAUCCACAAUAAGUGCGAUUAAUAAAAUGGACUAAUGGGUUAAAUGUCCAUUGGAACAGUGACUAAUGUUUAUAUUCUAGGAUUCAACCGUUUCACAAUCAGCGAAUGUUGAUUUGCAUUUGUGCUUGAGAAAUGACUAUUGACUAAUCAUUGCAGCUCUAAGUAACAUUGAUGAUGACUCUGGCCCAUGUUAUUGCCCCAGUUGGCCAUGACAGUAAGCAAGCUGGCAACAACAGGAAUCAGGAGCUGGAGCACUUGAUGGGAUGCAGACAUCAUUAAUGUUAUUAAUUACAUCUGUGCCUUUCCUGCUAUUACAUGUUAAAAUUAAUGCUGUGAAAAUGGCCUAUUACCACAAACCAACCCUGAGGUUCUGGGGCCAUGGUGCUUUUACCAGUUGGUAAAAUAAUCAUGUUGUGAUUUAAUAAAAUGUUUUUACUGAGAA